GCCUUACAACUUGCCAACCAGUCCUCGGAGAACCGUGGGUCUUACCGGAGCCGUAUAUACACACGCGUGUCGACGGUCACAACGUCACUUUUCGUCCGUUUCGAGGAUUUUUAUCCUCCUCUCGGGAGUAAUAACGCGUUACGCGUAACGAGAGUUAAGUGUAUCGAUACGACUUGGGAGAGGUCGGUGAACCUGGGCGAACACGCACACCCCGUUGUUCAAAACGUGUUCAAACGAGGAUAGGACACGAGAGAGGAAUGAAAUCUCCAGGAUUAUAAAUCGCCUUGCUUAUAUACGGGCGCGCGCGCGCGCGCAUACUCGUACGUGCAUCGGAGAAAAGAUCGUAGAAUAUUCGCGAAAGGUGUAUAUAUAUAUAUAUAAACGCCGUACAUUUAUAUAUAUAUAUAUCUUUCGAUCGAUCUAAAAAAGGAGGGAAGGGGGAAAAAAGGAGAAAAGAAAAAAAGAAAUCUCUUCGUAUCGCGAGGAGAGAGAAAGAGAGAAAGAAAGAAGAGAGAGAGAGAGGGGGAGGGAGAGAGAGAGAGAGAAAGAGAGAGAAGAGAGGAUAAGAAGGAGAGAGGAGAUGGGCGAUGUGAGGUAGAGAGAUCGGCGGGUCUGAUUGGACUUAAAUGGAUCGCGGCCGGUUUCGCGACAGAUAGAGGAGCUGGAGCCGUGGGAGCCGUGUUCGCGUGAGAUUUGAUGGAAGAUUGAGAGAGAGAGAGAGGAGAAACGGGCGGAAAGAUGCGGGGAAGUCCUGCGUUCUUCGCCAUAAUUCUAGGCACGAUAUUCGGUGUCCUCGGCGCGUCCCUAAGCAAGGCGCUCCGGUACAAAGCGCCGGACGAGUGCAAGUGGGUCGCGACCGGCGACACCGAGGACGACGUCUCGCUCGUGUGCCGUCUGAGGACUAUUAACAGCGAGUUGGAGAACACCAACUUCAGCGUGAUACAACCGCAGCACACGGUCCGUCUAAGGUUGGAGUGCAGCGACGCGUUGUUCUACCAGAGCUCGUUGAGCGCGGGCAGUUUCAGGCCGUUGGUCGAGUUGCGCGAGCUCGUGAUCGAGUACUGCAAGAUCGGCAAUCUGUCGGACGACGCGUUCAAAGGGUUGAAGGAGUUGAGGAAUUUGACGGUGAGGACGCACAACACCGAUUGGUCCGCGAUGGCGUUGGACGUGUCGGGGGGCGCGUUCACCGACGAGUUGAAGCAAUUGGAGAAAUUGGAUCUGGGGGAGAACAACAUGUGGAGUAUACCGGAGGGCGCCCUCUGCCCCCUCGUCAAUCUGGAGAUAUUGAAUUUGACGAGGAAUCGGUUACGGGACGUGACGAGUUUUCGUUUCACAGGCGCAUCGAGAUGCCUGCCCAAGCUGAAGGAGCUCGAUCUGAGCAACAACAGCAUCGAAUCGUUGCCGAGCGCGGCGUUCUCCGGUUUGACAAGGCUGCACAGCCUCGACCUGCGGUGCAACGCCAUCAGCUUCAUGGCGGAUCGGGCGUUCGAGGGCCUCUCCUCGUUGGCCAUCUUGAGGCUUGCGGACAAUCGGCUCGCGAGCCUCCCGCCCGAGUUGUUCAGCGACGCGAGGAACAUCCAGGAGAUCCAUCUUCGGAACAACACGUUGAACGUGUUGCCCCCGGGUUUGUUCACCGAGCUCACCCAACUGUUGGUCCUCGACCUCUCCCACAACGAGUUGACCGCCGAAUGGGUGAACGCGGCCACCUUCGUCGGUUUGGUACGCUUGGUGGUGCUCGACCUGUCCAACAAUCGCAUCGCCCGACUCGACCCGGCCGUGUUCCGCGACCUCUACAGCCUUCAAAUACUCCGGCUGCAGGAGAAUCUGUUGGAAAGCCUGCCCGAGAACACGUUCUCGGCCCUCUACAAUCUUCACACGUUGCUGCUCAGCUACAACUUGCUAACCGUCAUCGACGCGACCACGCUGAGCGGCCUCUACGUGCUCAAUCUGCUCUCGUUGGACAACAACAGGCUGCACACGAUAAACCCGGCCGCCCUCAGGAACGCCUCUUCCCUCCAAGAGUUCCACCUGAACCGUAACCAGCUCGAGUCGGUCCCGGACGCGCUCAAAGCCACACCCCUUCUCCGUACCCUCGACCUCGGCGAGAAUCUCAUCUCGGAGAUACCGAGCGGCACGUUCGACCACGUGUCCCAACUUUACGGGCUUCGAUUAACCGAGAAUCAUAUCGGCAAUCUGAGCAAAGGUGUCUUCGAUCGUAUCAAGGAGUUGAAGAUAUUGAAUCUCGCGAUGAAUCGGAUACAAUACAUCGAGCCCGGCACGUUCGACGAGAACGCCAACCUCCAAGCGAUCCGUCUCGACGGCAAUCAAUUGACGGACAUCGCGGGCCUUUUCACCAAUCUAUCCAACCUCGUGUGGCUGAACGUGAGCGACAACAAGCUGAGAUGGUUCGACUACGCGAUGAUACCGACCGGACUGCAAUGGCUCGACAUACACUCCAACGAGAUACGGGAGCUGGGCAAUUACUUCGAGAUCGAGAGCCAGUUGAAUUUGAGCAUAUUCGACGCGAGCGAGAACAAGCUGACCGAGAUUACGGGGAACGCGAUACCGAUGAGCGUGGAGAGGCUCUACUUGAACGACAACCAGAUCUCCAAGGUGCAGAGUUACUCGUUCUUCAAGAAGCCCAACUUGACCACGGUCGAGCUGAAAGGGAAUCAGAUACGAAACUUGGAGCCGUACGCGUUGAGGAUCAGCGCCGUCCCACCCGACAAACCUCUCCCGGAGUUCUACAUCGGGGACAACCAGUACCUGUGCGACUGCACCAUGGAAUGGUUGCAACGGGUCAACAGGCAGAAUCAGACGAGGGUGCAACCGCGCGUCAUGGAUUUGGAGAGCAUCUAUUGCAAGCUCCUCUACGACCGGGAGCACGCGUUCGUCCCUCUGGUCGAGGCGUCCCAUUCCCAGUUCUUGUGCAAAUACGACACCCAUUGCUUCGCCCUGUGCCACUGUUGCGACUUCGACGCCUGCGACUGCGAGAUGACCUGCCCCUCCAAUUGCACGUGUUACCACGAUCAAUCGUGGUCGGCGAACGUGGUCGACUGCUCCAACGGGGGCCACGCCAACAAACUGCCCGACCAGAUACCGAUGGACGCGACCCGCCUCUACCUGGACGGGAACGACCUGCGCCUCGUCUCCAGCCACGCUUUCAUCGGCCGGAAGAAGCUCAAAGUGUUGUUCCUCAACGCGUCCAACAUCGAGAUCGUGCAGAAUCGAUCGUUCAACGGGCUCAGGGACCUGGAGGAUCUCCACCUCCAGGACAACAAGAUUCGAGAGUUGAAGGGGCACGAGUUCGAGGGAUUGGACGCGUUGAGACUGCUCUACUUGCACAGGAAUCGGAUCUCCUCCAUCGGCAACGACACGUUCUCCACCCUACGGUCGUUGCGCAUCCUUCGGUUGGAGGGGAAUCGGUUGACAGUGUUGGCCGUGUGGACGCUUCCCGACUCGAUCGAGAUCAGUUUGUCGGGGAACCCGUGGUCCUGCGAGUGCGACUACCUUCGAAGUUACCGGGAGUGGAUCCGCGAGCCGAGCGUGCGAGUGACGGACGCGUCCGCGUUGCGCUGCGUGUACAACGUGACGGAGUUCGAGGCGUUCGGCGACCAGGUGUUCGCGGACAACGAGUUCGGCUUCCGACUCGUGGCCGACGGGAGGAACGAGGAGGAGAGGCGCGAGAAGCACGGCAACGAGAGCACGGCCUCGUGCACGGGCGCCGCGAGCGUCGAGAACGACGCGCAUCGAAACCUCACCAAGACCAUCAUCGAGAAACAAGUGUUGCAGGACUACCUCCCCCUCCUCGUCACAACCCUGGUCGCCUCCUCGUUAGUCGUGCUCCUGUGCCUGCUCGGCUUCGUGUUCCGCCAAGAGCUCCGCGUGUGGUUCCACUCGAGAUUCGGGGUGAGGAUAUUCUACAGGAGCCACGAGGUGGACCGCGACGACAGGGACAAACUGUUCGACGCGUUCAUCAGCUACAGUUCCAAGGACGAGGCGUUCGUCGCCGAGGAACUGGCGCCCGUCCUCGAGAUGGGCAACCCCUCCUACAAGCUGUGCCUCCACUACCGCGACUUCCCCGUCGGCAGCUUCAUAGCCGACACCAUUGUCCAGGCGGUGGAGUCCUCGAGGAGGACGAUAAUGGUGCUGUCGGAGAACUUCAUCAAGUCGGAGUGGUGCCGGUUCGACUUCAAAUCGGCCCAUCACCAGGUGCUGCGCGAUCGGAGACGGAGGUUGAUCCUCGUCCUGGUCGGCGACGUUCAUCAGCGGGACCUCGACCCGGACAUCAGGCUCUAUCUCAAGACCAACACCUACUUGCAAUGGGGCGACAAACUGUUCUGGGAGAAGCUGCGGUUCGCGCUGCCGGACGUGCCCAACAAUCAGAGGACCACGCAGAGGACGAGGCAACCGCCGCCUGUCCGACGCCAGCACAACAACAGGACGUCCAACGGAUCGCGAACCGUCUCCGUGCACAUAUGAACCACCUUCACCACGCGCUUUCGUUCUUGGUGUCUUCGUUCCCAGCUGUUUCUAUCUGUGCGCGUGUGUACGUGUGUGAGUGUAUACAUAUAUAUAUAAAUGCGUGCUGCACACCGCGCUUUUCUUCCGGUGUGGGAUUGUGGGAUUGUGGGCGUAGCCGUGAAUUUCAAAGCGGUGGUGCGCCAAGACUUCGGCACUGCCGAGGGAAAGGGUACAGUGCGUCUCCUUUAUACAAUAGGUGCAAUAAGGUGGGAUAUAUACGAGUGUAAAUACUACCGGAGCGGAUUCUUCCGAUGUAUAAAAUGUUUUCCACGCAGAAGAGAUUUCUGUGUUUUUUCUCGUGCGAAGGAUAUAAAAAGAAAGGGGAAAAAAAGAAAAAAAAACAACGAAAAGUGUGAACUCGUGUCGAGAAUGAAGAGAGGGAGAAAAAAAAGACAAUUCCACGAAGAGAGAAACAGUGUGUGCUUUUGUAAAUAGAGAAGAGAAUAUACGAGAAAUGGAUAGAGAGAGAGAGAGAGAGAGAGUAAGAGAGAGUGAUUAUAUAAUAUUUAAGGUGCUUCCCUCGUGGUUAUACUAUGGUGUCUGUACAUUGCAGCGAGUCAGUGAGUUUCGCUAGAUAGCUUAAAAAAUCGUUGUAAAUACGUCUUCUGCGUCUCUAUCGGCAACAUAAUUGGUUGAUCAAGCUGACGGUUAAUUUAAAAAAGAGAAAAGAGUUAAUGGGUGCGUGAAAAGAUCUCGUCGGACGAGAGAUUUAUUCUCUUGGAAUCACCGGUGUGCGAUAUCUUCUUUGGUGGUAUAUAUAUAUAUAUAUAUGUAUAUAUAUAAUAUAUACGUAUGUAUACACGGAGCCACGCUCGCGGGUGCCAUGUGAAUUUACCUUUAACCAACAGCCUAAGCGCCAUAUCGUGUACGAAAGGAUGUACGAAAUUUUGCGACGGAAAUCCACGCAAAAGAAAGUUCGCGGAAGUUCGGUUCGAACGAUGGUGGAAAAAUAAUAGAAUAAUCGAUCGAGUUUCCAAUUUCGAAAAGCGAUUCACGCGCGGUGAGCCUCGUCCACGAGAGACACGGAGAAUAAACCAGAUUCCUUUCUCCUUUGAUCGUGCGCGCUAAAUCCAAUGUGUAUUUAAUUUGUAUCUAUAAAACCGGCCGACUUUAAAUAUCUCCCUCUAAGGCUAAGCGACGAUCGUUCUUUUAUCAUUAUCAAUCACUUCCUUUCCUUUGUAAAGUAUUAAGAUGCGUGCAACUUCUAUAUCUUAUUUAUUUCGCUCGGAAAAACGUUGAACGGAGGCAUCGCGUGGAUGUUCAGAGACACGCGCGGGGCACGGUUUUCCGUCGCAUGCGAGGCCUCUGCUUGAAUUCGACGGUCUACUAUCUUCGUUUUUAUUUCCCUUAUUAUUUCUUCUUCUUCUUCUUCUUCUUAUUCUUAUUCUUUUUCGCGAUUCCCGAUUAGCUCGAAGAGCCAACAGGGAUAUCGAACUCGUAGGAGACAAAUUUUUAGUUUCUCUUAAUCGAGGAGAGGUGAGACGGUCGGAUUCGAAAGAGAGUGAGAGAGAGAGAGAGAGAGAGAGAGAGAGAGAGAGAGAGAAAGAGAGAAAGGUGCGCGUCACGCAACGAAAUCGAAAACGAUCGCUAUAAAUAAAUUCGUAAACACGAUGUACAAACAAUGUGAGAUCAAUCUCCUCUUUAGCUUUCCUCGCAAGCGAUUUUCAUACGUUUUCAUACCCAUCUCAUACUCCUCCCUUUCGCAAAUUAUACCCCGACGAGGACGACGUGAAAGAUAAUGUUAGAAUAAUAAAAAAAAAACCUGUGACUGAACAAUAAAAUGCUCUAUUUUUAUGUUUUUAAAA